CUAAUAUCACUUUUAUUUAAUUUAUUUUCAAUUUUACAACUUUAAUCCCAAAAAAAUUGACAAGCAGAGGAAGUAGCUAGUGAAUAUAAAUCCAUCCGGGCUGUGGCGAGACCAUUUCCACUUCUAAAUCAAAUCAAUGGCAUCACCAUCUUCUUCAAUGAACACUCACGUUGAUUCCAUCAUUCCCCGCCCCAAAAAUCUUCACACAAACAUCUCCACCGAUUCAGAUUCAAUUGAAGGAGAACGAUCAGAAAGCACCUUCCCCUGCUGGUACUCGCCGGAAACAGGGAUAUACACCAGCAAGUACCCUUCUGUUCGACUUCCGGCCGACCCUUUUCUCGACGUCGUCUCCUUCAUCUUCUCCCACCCCCACUCGUCCGCCGCGGUUUCUCUCGUCGAUUCCCAGUCUGGGUUUUCAAUUUCCUACUCGGAGUUGCACUCGCUGGUCAAAUCCGCCGCCGCCGGGCUCCACCAAAUGGGCGUCGCACAGGGGGACGUCGUCUUGCUCCUGCUCCCGAACUCCGUUUACUUCCCCGUUCUUGUUCUCGGAAUUCUCAGUCUCGGAGCGGUAGUGGCCCCCAUGAAUCCCCUGAGCACUCCCUCGGAGAUAAAGAAGCAAGCUUUUCAAGGUGAUCUUAAUGUCCGGCUCGCGUUUUCCACUCCGGAAAGAAUCGAUGAUUUGGUCGGGCUCGGUAUUCCGGCGAUCGGGUUGCCGGAAAUCCCGAAUCUUGAUUCGUCGGAGAUGAGCUCUCCGGCGUGCUCUGUUUUCCGAAACUUAAUCAGCAGCGAUCCGAACGCGGCCCCGGUUCCAAGAAUCAAGCAGCAAGACACGGCGGCGGUUCUGUUCUCGUCCGGGACGACCGGGGGCUGCAAGGGGGCGGUGCUGACGCACGCCAAUUUCAUAGCGACGGUGGAACUUUUCGUCCGGUUCGAAGCUUCUCAGUACGACGGCUACCCGGCGGAGAGUGUCUACCUGGACGUGAUGCCGAUGUUCCACGUGUACGGGCUCUCUCUGUUCGUGCUGGGGUUGUUCUCGCUGGGAUCGACGGUGGUGGUGAUGAGGAGGUACGACGGGGACGCGGCGGUGAGAGCCAUUGAGAGGUACGGGGUCACCCAUUUUCCGGUGGCACCGCCGUUGCUGAUCGCAUUGACGAGAAAAGCGAAGGCGGCGGCGGCGGCGGACGGGAAGGGAUCGAUGAUGAAGGGAGUGAGACAGGUCUCGUGCGGGGCUGCUCCGACCAGCGCCGCAUGCAUUCAGGACUUCGUCCAAACCUUUCCCCACAUCGACUUUAUCCAGGGUUACGGGAUGACGGAGACGGCGGCGGUCGGAACACGGGGUUAUAACGCCGGGAAAGUCCGAAAGUAUGGUUCGGUGGGACUAUUGGCCCCAAAUAUGGAAGCCAAAGUGGUUGAUUGGACUUCGGGUUUACCCCAACCCCCUCAUUCCAUGGGUGAGCUUUGGCUCAGAGGUCCUUCUAUAAUGAAAGGGUACUUGAAUAAUAUUGAGGCGUCCAAGAACACAAUAGACUCGGGAGGGUGGUUGCACACCGGAGACAUUGUUUAUUUUGACGGAGAGGGGUACCUCUUUGUGCAAGACCGGUUAAAAGAGAUAAUUAAAUACAAAGGCUUCCAGAUUUCUCCUGUUGAUUUAGAAGCAGUGAUAAUGUCACAUCCCGAUAUUACUGAUGCUGCAAUAACAUCAGAGAGAAAUGAUGAAGCUGGAGAGAUUCCUGUGGCAUUUGUGGUCAAAAGGAAGGGAUGUGCAUUACUAUCUGAGGAGGCUCUAAUCGAUUUUGUAGCUAAGCAGGUUGCACCAUACAAAAAGGUGAGGCGAGUCUAUUUCACAACAUCAAUACCCAGGUCCGCAGCGGGAAAGAUCCUCAGAAGGGAGCUCAAGAAACUCAUCACUUCCAAAAUGUAGGCAUUUAUCUGGGCUAGGGCUAGCUAGCUUGAGUUAAAGAACUCAUGAGUAAUAAUUUACGAUUGUGAAAUUUGCAGUAAAUAGUAUAAAAACAU